GAGGAGAAGGAAGAAGAGGAGCAGAAGGACAAGGAGGAAGAGGAGGAAGAGGCGAAAGAAGAACCUAAGAACUCGUCCAAGGAUGACGGGAAAACCUCCGAAGAAGAUUUGGAGCACAACCUCCAGGUUCAGGUGCUGCAGCUUCUAGAUGAGCUGGAGGAAACCCGGGAGAUAGUCCUCAAACAUGAAGAAGACGCGAUGGAAUUGCAAGGUCUACUGGAAGACGAGCGCCUAGCGAGCGCCCAUCAAGCGGAGAUCUUCACCAAACAGAUCCAGCAUUUGCAAGCCCAGAUGCACAUGCGGAAGGAUGAGCUGGAUUCCUUGCAAGAGACGAAGGAGGUAGAACAGGAGCAGGUGGCCCAGGAACUGCUGGAGGCCAAUGAGGAGAUCCAGAACCUGCGCCUGGAAGCCGAGGAAGCGGCUGCCCUCCACGAGAACGAGAUCGCCAGCUUGCAAGAAGAGCUUUGCCGGAUGAAAGCCGAGCUGGAAAGAGUCCAACGGAUCCACCAUGAGUACGAAAUGGAGCUCACCGCCCUGCGGGCCGAAAUCCAGAUGAUGCAGGACUCGGCCCCCAGAAACAGGGUCAGCGCUAGUGGAACCCCACUUCAGGAGCAACAGCUGCCCAGUGCGAGCGAGGAAAUAGCUCGGCUCCAAGGUGAGCUGGACAUUGCGAGAGUCCAAUACACGGAUCUGAAAGAAGAGUUCCUGACUUUGCAGGCUAGCAACAAGCUUAUGGUCCAGCAGCUGGAGAAACUUGAAGCCAUGAAAUACAACAAGUACCGAAGCAGGAUGGAUGACUCUCCGUCUCUGGAGUCCAUCUCUCAGUGGCCCACGGAUCGCCGCUACUCCCUCAUGAAGCAACCCGCCAACCAGAAGGGCAGCUGUGUCUCCUUCUGGUCGGUGGAAAUUGUCGGCGUCGCCAGCGACUACACCGAAGAAGAGAGGAUGGAGAAGGUGGAAGAGGAGAGUGAGCUCGAAGGGGCGCAUCAGCCGUCGGAGGAGGAGAAGGUGGAGAAGGUCCAGACGCAGGGCAAUGUGUCCCAGUGCACUCUGGCUGAAAUUGAGAACGAGGACCAGGCUUGCUACCAAGACGUAGAUUUUAAGAAAAAACCGAGAAGGAGGAGAGACUCUGAUGUCCGUAAGGGCGUUAUUGUGACCCAGUGGAAUCUGCUAGAAACGGAGAAAGAAGACCAGUCUUCCUACCCAGAGCUGAUCAAUAAGAGAAGAUCGAGGAGGAGAGAAUCCUUGAAAGAAGGGAGAGAAGAUGACUUUAAGAGUUGGAGGGAGAAGGCAAGGAAUACAGAGUUUUUUCUCCUUGACCCAGAAGUCAACGGAAGUUCAGAGAGGGAAGGGCAGGCCCAGCUUAGUCUGCCAGAAAUGGAGAGAGAAGAUCAGUCUUCCAGCCAAGAUCCGAGCAAUGAGAGAAGACCGAGGAGGGAGAGGAGCUGGAAGAAAGAGAUUUGCUUUGGUCAAGAGCCCGACGAAAGUCCAGGGAGGGAAGAGCAGCAUGACCGCGCGCAGCACGACCUGCGGGAACUGGAGGAAAGGUACCGUCACAGCCAGUCGGAGCGGGAGCAGCUUCAGGAGGAACUCUACCUGUGCAGGGAGGAGAUUGAAAGGCUAAACGGCAACAUCCCGACAGGAGGACGGGUCCCCGAUGGAGGGAUGAAGCCGUUCGGUCUGUUUGUCAUCUGCGCAGGAGGCUUAAUCUUGUACUCCUGCUUGAAGAAAUUCAACAACAGUGGAUCGCUGACCUGAGGACCCUCCCGGCUUCCUGGUGGAGAGGACCACACUUGCCACGCGCCCUGUCCCCCGUCCCAACUUGGUGACAACCAAGCAACAAGCACUCUCCCCGAACCCAACUACUCAGAGGAGUUUCUGGA